UUCAGUAGAGAAACUGAUGGGUGUUGCUGAAAAAGUGCGGCGUAUAACUGGUCCUGCUAAACAGCAGUGGAUGAACCUUAGGCAUAACGAAAGCUGUGUGUCCAUAGAAAAGCUGUUUGAUGAUAUGGAGAAUGUUGUGAAGUCGGCUAAAAAAGAAACACAAAGACAGCAGAUCAAGGUUAUCAGGACUUUUGAGGAAAGGUGGAGUAUAUUGGGAGAGACGAACACAGUCUUCGAUAAGAAACUAAAGGAGCGAUACGGCGAAAAUUCGUCACUCAAGAAAAAGAAUAAAAAACUCACGGAAGACAACAAAAGAUACAGUAUUGAGCUCAUGGAACUUAAAGCUCUUAGAACAGCGAACCAUCAGUUGGAACAGAGAUUGUCCCAGCUUGAGAUCGAUAAGGCACGUCUUUUACAGAACUUUCUGCAAGAAAAAAGCAGAGAAAGAGGACGCAUUAACCCGAUUAAAAACCUCAGAAGUGAGUAAACUUAAUGAUAGUAACCCGAACGUGGUAGACCUUCAUGACAUGAAAAGACCCACCGACAUUUUGGUGACGAUGAUGGAGGAGCUUUACAAAAACGAGUGGACGGAUGCGUUUCUAGAAUUGAAGAAGGAUAAUCCUGACUCGAAUGAAGAGACUAAUAUUGCACAGGAACUUGUAAACAUAUUAAAGGCAAUUUUCAAUUAUUCUUCAUGUGUCGACGCGUGUACCUCAAAAUUACGUGAAGAAGGCUUUAAUGUUCGUCUCCCUGCUGUUGAUCGGGAUAAUCUAUGAUUCAAUAUCAAUAUUUAUAGUU